AUGCAAGAUUUGCCGCCAAUCGGAGGAUACGAGCCCGUGCAGUGGAAGAGAAAUCUCCCCGCCAGAGGCUUCCGCCCCACAGUGUACUUCUGGGGCAUCACCGCCAUCAUGGCUUUUGGCUACUACCGGUACUACCAGGGCGUGGACGAGCAGCGUGAGCUUGCAAGAGAAAAACAGUGGGCCCGUUUCAGCCUCGAGCCCUUGUUGCGGGCCGAGGAGGACAGGCACCUUGCCCGCAGAUACUUUUCCGAGAUGAGGAGACAGGAAAUGGUGGCCGAGACCAUGUCGCCGGAGACCAGGGCCAAGUUCGAGGAGCCCAUCUACCAGGACAAAACGAAGAUGCGCAUGCCGCGGUACUUUGCCGGGCCCGACCGCGACGCCCGCUAG